AGAUCCCCGGCUCCUGGGUCAGCUGACCCGAGGGGGCGAUCUCGCCGACCUAGGCCGCUUACCUCGGCCUCGGAGUCGCCACCGCCAUGGCCAGCCAGUCGCAGGGCAUCCAGCAGCUGCUGCAGGCCGAGAAGCGGGCCGCCGAGAAGGUGUCGGAGGCCCGCAAGCGAAAGAACCGGAGGCUGAAGCAGGCCAAAGAAGAAGCUCAGGCUGAAAUUGAACAGUACCGCCUGCAAAGGGAGAAGGAGUUCAAGGCCAAGGAAGCUGCGGCCCUGGGAUCCCACGGCAGCUGCAGCACUGAGGUGGAGAAGGAGACCCAGGAGAAGAUGACCAUCCUCCAGACCUACUUCCAGCAGAACAGGGAUGAAGUCCUGGAUAACCUCUUGGCCUUUGUCUGUGACAUCCGGCCAGAAAUCCACGAAAACUACCGCAUAAACGGAUAGGGGAGGAAGGAGCAGCUCUGCGCGGAUUGGCAUUUUUCGAUGCCUUCGUGGUUAUGAGGCUUCAGCAAAGCUUGAGUUACUUUCUUGUGAAAAGGCAUUAAAUUAUUUCUGUAUGUCA